UCCAUGAAUGCAAGUAACAUGUUUUCGAAACGUUUCUGAGUUUUCAAUCCUAUUUCAUUCAGUUUUUCUCUCAGGUGAAGGGACCACUGUUCAAGUAAACGGUAAGUUAUAACUAAAGCUCUCAGAAUGUCUGACGACGAGGCUACCCCCGUCUUUAAGAGGCAGAAAAUUCAUUAUGGCACACUGGAGGACAGGCUAAGAGAGGAAACUUCAAAGGGAUCCUUCCAGGCCGGAACCGAAGCUGGCAACAUUAGCGUCUCGUCUGGUGACACCUUUGACCUUGAGGAGCACGUCAGCGAACAGCGACUGGAGCUUCUUGCUGAAUUUGAAAGAAGAAAAAAGCUUCGUCAGAUCACUGUUUCUACCGAUGAUGCAGUGGUUAAAGCUCAGCUACGACAGAGAGGGGCACCAAUAUGCUUGUUUGGAGAGGAUAAGGCCGACAGAAGGGAGAGGUUGCGUCAAUUGCUUGCUGUCGCUGGAGACGAUGAUUUCAGCCGACAUCAAAUUGAAGAAAUUGCGAAAGAGAAAAAGAAAGAGGAGGACCAAAAGACCUGGUACCACGAGGGACCGGAUAGUCUGAUGAAAGCUAGACUAUGGAUUGCAGAGUAUUCAUUACCAAGGGCAGAGAAGAGGAUACAGGAAUCCAGACUCGAUAAGAAUAUUCCAGAAUCCAAGAGGAAUGCCAAGACUCAAGAGCUUCAUCGUCAUCUUAGGUCCCUGACAGCUAUAGGGAGUCAAAUCGGCGACACACGACCCAUCUCGUACUGCCAGUUCAGUCCAAAUUCUCAGAUCUUAGCAACUGCAUCGUGGAGUGGAUUAAUCAAGUUAUGGUCAGUUCCAGACCUGAAAGGAAUCCGAACACUCCGAGGUCAUAAUCAUAACAUCGGGGCCGUUGUAUUCCACCCUAAAGCUACGGUAUCCCUGGAUGAUCAAGCAUGCUGUAUGGCAUCCUGUGCAGCUGAUGGUAGCGUUAAACUUUGGAAUCUAGUCAGUGAUGAGCCAGUUGCCAACAUAGAGGGCCAUGCAGCUAGAGUAGCUCGUCUCGCCUACCAUCCAUCCGGGAGAUUUCUAGGAACAACAUGUUUUGACAUGUCAUGGCGCUUGUGGGACCUCGAAGCACAAGAUGAAAUUCUUCACCAAGAAGGCCAUAGCAGAUCAGUAUAUUCCAUUGGAUUCCAGUGUGAUGGUUCACUGUGUGCUACCGGUGGAAUGGAUUCAUUUGGUCGCAUUUGGGAUCUUAGAACAGGACGAUGCAUAAUGUUCAUGGAAGGCCAUCUCAAGUCUGUCCUGGAUGUCAGCUUCUCCCCAAAUGGGUAUCAAUUGGCAACAGCGAGUGAGGAUCAUUCGGUCAAGUUGUGGGAUCUGAGACAACGGAAAUGUCUUUACACCAUUCCAGCUCAUAAUAACAUCGUGUCAGGGGUCAAGUUUCAAGGGGACUACUUAAUCAGCUGUUCCUAUGACAACACAGCAAAGGUAUGGGCACAUCCCGGCUGGUCACCUCUUAUGACCCUUGCUGGUCACGACAGCAAGAUCAUGUCAGUAGAUAUAUCAACCAAUGAACAGUACAUAGCAACUGCGUCAUUCGACCGAACCUUCAAGCUCUGGGCGUCAGAAUAAAGAACCAACAACUGGAGGUCGCACUAUCUCCAAUGAACUUCCAGCUUCAAGUGCAACACAACGACCCUUGACCUUUGACUGGAUCAAGAUAUGCCAGGUUUGAAAUCUUCCACUUGAAACCAUAAAAAAUUACCAGUUACACUGAUACAAAAAGUACUGUUUCAAAGAAAGGCACAAACUCAUGCCAACAUAGGUUAAGUUCAUGCGAGGGACUAAAGUCGACCAUUGCCUGGCGAUUUUGCCUGGUAAUCAUGAUGUAUUGUAUGUGUAGGUAUCCAUGGAAUAUUGACAAAAGGUUGAAAAAUGGCCGCCGCCCAAACUAAGUUAAAUGCAAUUUGUGAUACUUCAAGCCACCCAUACACAAUGGCAUUCACAUGUCUAUUGAGCCAAUUCACCCAACUUUUAUCGCUGUAAUAAACCUUGGUUGUGCCAUUUUUGGAGUCAGUUUACCUGUUUUACAAUUUAACUUCCAAAAUGGCGGACUAUAGGCAGACGGUUUCUGUGUGUAGUGUCAAUGCAAGUGGUCAUAACAGUGCCUUUUUUACAACCAUGACUUCAGAUUUAGGCUUGGGCCCCGUUAGUUAUUUUUACGACCCCGAACAAUAUAUUGACAAAAACGAGAGAGACUGCCAAAGAUAUAUUUGUAACUCAGUUGGUUGAGCAUCGACCGGCAAAUCUGGCGUUUUUUUUUCCAAUCUUUUUCACUAUCAUGUCAGCCAUUACAAGGUUCUGCCUGUGCACUGUGAGCUGCGAGUGAGAUUGUUUUUAGUUUACCCUUUCGGGGGGAACUGGCCUAUUAAUUUUAUCUUUUUGUACAUUGUUAAACAAUUUAAAAAAUACACAAAAAGGUCCAUUCAAAUUCAACAAAGACAAAUUUCUACAGUUAGUAGUACUUUUAUUAUCUUUUUCUGUAAAAUACAUUGAAACAUCUGUAUGUCAAUAAAAUAAUUUUUAAAAAGU